AAUUUAACAUAAUUAAAUUUAAUCUAUUCUGUGAUAGUAUCAUUGUUUAUCAUCAAUAUUAUCAACAACACAUGAGAUAAGCGGCAUUCGGUAGUUGUCGGCACAGGCUAACAGGUCGUACGUGAGCGACUUCCUUUAGGUGACGCACUCGGUACUUAUCGCACUACGCUGAUGUCUGUGCCGCACUCAUGAACCAUUUCUAAUCACAGGAAAUAAUAUUAUAUAUUAUAAUAUUGUCGGCGAUUCAGUCUAGUCUUAUUGAUCGGCGUUGUUCGCCAUGUCCAACGACCGAGUAAUAAUUUUAGGAGGUUGUGGCUUCAUCGGACGCCACAUAGUCAAGUACAUUGUCGACAACGACUUGGCGUCGGCUAUUAGAGUUGUCGAUAAGGUGCCACCGCAAAUAGCUUGGCUCAACGAUGCUCAAAAAAAAGCUUUUGAUUCGCCAUUGGUCGAAUUUUGCAGUGCCAAUCUCAUACACCAAAGCUCUUGCGAGAACGCCUUUGAGGGAUAUUUCGAUUAUGCCAUUAAUUGUGCAGGAGAAACAAGACUCGGUUUGCCAGACGCUAUAUACGAAGAGAGCGUAUUUAAAUUGAGCAUGAACUGUGCUCGUGCAGCGGCUAAAUUCGGUAUUAAACGGUACAUAGAAAUGUCGUCCGGUCAGUUUACCGCUAACCACAAACCAUUCAAAGAAGACGAUAAAGUCACACCGUUAACUUCUAUAGCAAAGUAUAAAUAUGAAAUAGAAAAACAAUUGACAAACAUUCCCGGGUUGAAUUACACAGUCGUACGUCCUGCCAUCGUUUACGGCUUGGGUGACAAAACAGGCUUGACUCCUAAUCUCGUGAUCGGCUCACUAUACCGGAGCCUUGGUGAACCCAUCCGAAUAUUAUGGAAAGGGAGCACAGCGUGUAAUACUGUACACGUCGAAGAUGUUUCUAGAGUUGUUUGGCAUUUACUAAAGUUACCAAAUGUUAAUGGAGAAGUCUAUAACUUGGUGGACGAAGGAAAAACUACACAAGAAACAAUAGCUGAAAUUGUUUCUUCAAUAUUCAGCAUCAAACACGAGUUCUUAGGCACUAUAUUUUCAACUCUUUGUCAAAACGCUUUGGAUAGUAUUGUAAGUGAAGCCAACGAUAAGCAUUCCGUGCCGUGGGCCGAAGCUUGUUUAAAAUCUGGAGUAAACAAUACUCCAUUGUCGCCAUUCGUUCAGAAAGAUCAUUUAACUGGUUAUCGUGUCAAUAUGGACGGUUCAAAAUUAAUAAGCAACACUAAUUUUGUUGUAAAGCAUUCAAAGAUAACUGAAGAUCUACUAAAAGAGGUGGUUGAUGAUUUUGUUAAAAUGAAUUUGUUUCCGAAAACUUUACUCGACUAAGCACAAUUAUUAAUGUUACCAUUAGAUAUCCAUUAUUGAAAAAAUAAUUUUAAAUAUUUCUGUGAUAUGUUAUUAUUUGUAAACACUUUUCUUAAAGAAGAAAAUGUUCAUAAUAUUAUAUGACUAAUUGAAUCAAUUGUUCAUAGUUGUAUAACUAUCUAUUAAUAAUUUUAUAAAGAACACAGGUGUUUGGAAUUGUAUUCAAAAUUGUGUAAAGUGGGCCAAAGAAAAAUAUAUAUGUACAACUAUAAAACACACCGAAUUUAUUUAUUUUAAAUUGAAGCUAAAUAAAUAUUAAGUGAGAAUUAGGGAACAUAGUUUUAAGAGUUUUGUUUUAUUUGUUAUAAUUGCCACAAUGGAAAUAAGAAGGGAUUUGUAUUUUAUAAUUAUUAUUAAAGAUACUGCUGACUGAGUGCAUUUGAUUUUAUUGGCAAAAAUAACCAUAAUAAAAAAACAGUUGAAAAA